AUGGAGACUAUGGCAUCAUGCAAGGUGGAGUUGCUCCAGAGCCUUCGGGUUGUUCAGCUCGAGCCUCGGGCAAGGGAUUGGAAUGCUCCGGUCCCUCUCACCCGCCGGAAGCUUGAGUCUGGUGAACAUCUUCGACCUCAUCUCAUCAGGAACGGUCUCUCCCUCGUGUUCUUAUCAGCAGUCCUUGAACUGAAGGCUUGUCUCCAACAGCCAAGACCGGACCAGACUCUCAAUCUGUUCGCAACCAGACUUGGCGAGCCUGUCGGUGCCCCAUUGGCGAGGUAUCAAACUGGGCUUCUGUGCUUCGACGACCCACCUGGCGGCUCAAGCAAGUCUUGUAUCGACGACGGUAUGCCGAGAGCAGAAGACAUCGAGCGUUCCCUUCACCGGCGACGGCGACAUUCGCGCCAGCCAGCGCUCAUUGCACUGGUUUUCUCAUCGCAAUGCCUUGACUUCGGCCCCGGCACUCAAGGUACUGUUUCGGGACAAAUUUGA